AUGAAUGAUGAAACUUUAUAACCAAUAUAAAUUAAAAAUUGGACAUAAGGCUUUCAAUCUCAAUUAAGAUCUUCGGCUAAAAGAACACUCAGUAGAUUGAAAUCAAUUGAAACAAAUACAAUAUCAUAAGACCCUUCUUCUGAAUAACCUUAUAAAUUUAAAACAAAUCCAAAACCAAUCAAAUUAUUUGAUAGAGGUGUUAUCAGUUAAUAUGGCAGUAGAAGAAUAUCAUUUAAACAAAAAUAAUCAACUUAAAUUACCUUUUAAUAGUAAUUAUGCAAAGCACCAUUAUAUAUGCAAUUGAUUCCAUUUUUUAAAGUCUCUGCAUCAAGUUGGGCAAUAUUCAAUGGUUAAAAUGGAGAAUAUAUCACUGGAUUCAAUUAGAAUAAAUGCAGAUAAAUAGCUUCAAUAACCAAAAUUGUUACAUGUAUUGUAAGUUUAAGGUUAGCAAAAGAAUUAAAUUUGAACAUAGAUAGAAAACGCUUUUUUGUUCCAGAUUAAGUUAAUUAAUUAAACUAAAUAGGCAUAAAAAAUUUCUGGAACUACUGCAGGGUUAUUGAAAGGAGACUCUAUCUUUUUAAGAGACCUCCUUUAUGGAUUGAUGCUACCAUCAGGUAAUGAUGCUGCUGUAACACUCUCAUACAAUUUUUAACUAUACUCUUUAGAAAAUGAUCACUUCUUAAAAGAAAUGAAUCGAUUUGUGAGCUCUUUAGGAUUAUCAAAUACUUAAUUUAGUAAUGUUCAUGGUAAGGAACAAUUUAUAUUCAAAUAGGACUUUGUAAUGAAAACAAUUUCUCCACUGCAUAUGAUGUGGGUAAAUUUACAUAUGAGAGUUUAUAAAAUGAAUAAUUCUAAAAAAUUGUAAGAACUUAAUCUUAUUAUUGUGAAACUCCAAAUUAGUUGCAAUACAACUCCAGAGAGUUAUAUUGGGAGAAUACAAACAAAUUAUUACAAUAAGGAUUCAAAGGUGUAAAAACAGGUAUCACUAAGGAAGCAGGACCAUCAGUUGUUGAAUAUUUUUAGGAUUAAACUAGUUCUUAUAUAAUAGUUCUUUUAAAUUGUAGUUCAAGCGAAAGUAGAUGGACAGAUGCAUAAAAGCUUUUACAGUGGAUUUAGAAAUAGGAUACUUUGAUUAAAUAAUUUUUAUGA